GUAACUUAUAAAUUGUCCAAGUCCAUAAUCGUCUCUCUCUCUGUUCCCCUCCUCCAUAAUACAAGUACUAUCUCUCCUAGUCAUGUCUGUCCCAACUCACAGUAUCCAUUCAAUCCACGGCACUUUCGCAGGCGUAUCAUCCUACUACUCUUAUUCACCGAACGCAGGCGUCGUAAUCGAAGGCUCACCAAUGGAUAAAAUUCCACCAGGCCUUGCCAGAGUCGCAUGGCGCUCAGCGCCCAUAUCACUCCCUAACACAACCUCAUCCUCUCGCCGUCUCCCAUCCUUCCCUAUAGCCCGCCGUGUCCCUCCACCACCACCACCCCGCGCUCUCGCACCCCAAACCAUCCCCUUCCCCUCCGAAGACCCAUUCAACGACUCUUAUUCAUGCCUCGCACCCAUACCACAGCGCCCCAUUCCCCAGCGCACACACCUCGCAUCACAAUCAUACACCGUCAGACUCCCGGGCUCUAACCCAAUCGACGCCCUAGUUCGUCAACGAACGGCACAGCGAGCCAAACAGGAGCGCGAGACCCGCUGCAGGGUCGUCGCCGGUAUAUUGCUGAACAGGGUUCAUGCUGUGGGGAAGCCUAUGCGCCGGCUGCCUCCAAGCACAGAGGCGCCUCGCGCAUAUAAACGAAGCAGACUAUCAAUGAUUACAACUGCUGAGGAUGUCUGUUGAACGUACGGCUUUGAUUUGAAGUCAAAUUUGACUAGGAGACAUUAGUUUUGUUACUUGUGGAGAUGCAAUUUUUAAAUACAUAUGAUGGAUAUGUUGUAUAACAAUUUUUUUAAUGGUUAACUGGGACUUUGGGCGACAAUCUACACACCUUUCAAUGCAAGCAUGAGCACACCAUCGAGGCUCGAGCGACGAGCGCAUCGAACGCAUGAAUGAUUCAAGUUGAUAAAACCAGUAGGUUCAU